CAAAGUGGGUCGGUCGUGACAGUGGCGGCAGCAGCGAGUCAUUGAAGCGUACAAAGUGGUUUAUUAUUAGCUGUUGACAAUGACGGGUGGGAUCCCAUCGGCAUGCCCUCAGUUGACGUCGGUUGGUUGUAAAGCAGCAAACACCCCUCUGGCUUCUCAAUCGGGUGGACUGGCCAGUGCUAGGGCAGGAUGACUUGAUAAGAGUUUUGACGUGUUGCACUCGCGUGCUCGGCCGUACACUUUCGUGAUUUGGGAGGGAAUCGGGGAGUGGUUGUUUUGCCCCCUCCUGCCAUAUCGACACGUCGAAAAGUUACAGAAAGUUGCUGAAAGUUCUUGGAUUACACGUGACCGUAUAAUCAGCGACCAUGGGACGCCUGAAAGUUUCAGAAAGAGAUGAGGAACGCGAAAACAUGAGCUGAUAUAUGUCGAUGUUGUACCUCGGCUCAUCCAAAAAGUUUUCGAACUUGGUGAUGUUUUCUGAAUGGAAUCUUAGAAGUUAGACUACGAGCCAGUCGCUUUGUGUUUUUCAUGUGCCGCGUGUCGUGUCAGUUGAAAUGUGAACGAAUAGUGUCAGUAACGGAUAUACGACUGGAUUUAUUUAGUGUCAAUAGAACUUGAUCAUGUCUGUGGGAGACACGUGUUCCGUAAGAGAGAGAAUCAAGUGGUUGCGUAAUCAUAUAUCAUUACAUGUCGGACUGAACACGCGUUAACUUGAAUUCCAAUAUUGUUUCUGUGGUAUUAUUUCUCUUGAUUUAUACAUCUUGACAGAUGCAUGGCGAACUGGGAACUACUAUGGCAAAGAAGCGUAAUGGAGUUAAGACCUAUGCCACUUGUUUGCUCUUGGGGUUCCUUGGGGGUAUACUUCUUGAAAAUUAUUACAAAAAUAAAGUUUCCACAGGAUGUGGAUUACCAGAUAUUUGGCGUGAAGAGAUUGCGGCCAGCAAUGCCCCAGAUGAAAAUAUGGCCAAAACAUCAUCUGACGGGCAACAAAAUCAAAAACCCACAAAUAAUUUUGUUUUUGUUGGAAUCAUGACAGCCAAAAAAUUUAUUGAUUCAAGAGGGCUAGCGGCUCAUCGAACUUGGGUUAACACGAUCAAUGGAGAGGUGCGAUUCUUCUCAAGUGAAGGUUCCAUAUCCAAACAUGGAGUACCUGUUGUGGCUUUACCAAAUGUUGAUGAUUCUUAUCCACCCCAAAAGAAAUCCUUCAUGAUGUUAAAAUAUAUGCACGAUCAUUUUCUUGAUCAAUACGAAUGGUUUGUCAGGGCCGAUGACGACGUCUUUGUCAAGGGAGACAAACUUGAUAAAUUUCUUCGAUCAAUUAAUAGCUCCAAACCUCAAUUCAUUGGCCAAGCAGGUGUUGGAAAACCAGAAGAAUUGGGUCUACUCAGUUUGACUGCAACAGAAAAUUUCUGUAUGGGAGGGCCUGGCAUGAUAUUUAGUCGUGAAACACUCCGUCGGAUGGCACCCUAUGUAAGCAACUGUCUUCAGAAUUUGUAUACCACUCAUGAAGAUGUUGAAAUCGGAAGAUGUGUGAGAAAGUAUGCUGGAAUACAAUGUACCUGGGCCUAUGAGAUGCAGCAGAUUCUGUACCAGAACUACAAAGAGGACAAGGGAUCGUUCAAGAAGACGUUGAAGAGCAAGGAGGUGGAGAAGGCUGUGACCCUGCACCCAGUGAAGGACCCUGUGUAUCAGUACCGCAUCUACAACCAUAUCCAGUCAACCAUCAUCAUGAACCUGCAUCAGAAAGAGCUGCAGCUUGUGCGCGAGGUCACCAUGAUGGAGCAGCUGCUUGGACUGCAGAAGUCCAACAUCGUGGACGACAAGCUGGGCAUCUUGCCCUCGCUCAAUAAGUAUCCACCAAAAUCAGAGGAGGAGGUGCUCACUUGGGACUUUUUGAAAAAGCCAAUAUAUUCUCAUAAUCAUUUGAAUCCAAAGCGGGGCAUGGAGGCAUCCUUGUCCGGGGCUUUGGAUGAUGUUGUGAUGCAAGUCAUGCAGUUAGUGAAUAAAAACGCCCGCCAGAGAGGGAGGACUAUAGAUUUUAAAGAAAUACUGUAUGGUUAUAGGAGGACUAACCCUUUAUUUGGGGCAGAUUACAUUCUUGACUUAUUGCUCAUAUAUCGCAAACACAAAGGCCGCAAAAUGACAGUGCCUGUGCGUCGCCAUGCUUAUUUGCAGCAAUCCUUUCUGAAUGUGUUGUUUACUGAGGAGAUUCCCAAAUAUCAUCCAAGGCCAAGUGUUGGGGGGCAAGUGAUGAACUUGUUCAGGCAAAUAGCAGGUGGCUCUGAUGAUCAGAAAGCUUUAGACAAAAGAAAAGAAACAAUUCAUUUGAUAAUGCCUCUUGCAGGACGAUUAAAAAUAUUUCAGCGCUUUAUGCGAAACAUUGAGGAGGUGUGUUUAAAAACUGGUGAAAAUGUGCAUCUUCAUGUGGUGUUGUUCAACAGUGAAAAGGAGGACAUGGCUUUAGAGCGGAGCAUCGAUCUGCUUCAGAAGUAUCAGAGAAAAUAUGGUGGCAAUAGCAUCGAGAUCAUACAAGCAAACGGUGCUUUCAAUCGUGGUAGGGGACUGGAGUUGGGAGCUUCAAAAUGCAAAAGUGAUGCAUUGUUGUAUUUUGUGGAUGUGGAUAUUGUUCUGAGGAGAGAUGCCCUUAAUCGCAUUCGCCUGAACACAAAGCAAGGCUUCCAGGUGUACUUCCCCAUUGUGUUCAGCCAGUUCGACCCAUCAUCAGUGUGCCAGGAGGACAGCCAGCACUGUGUGUGCACCAGCACCAACAACUGUCUCAUCAAGCCAUACGACUUUCAUCAUGACACAGGCUACUGGAGACAGUUUGGCUUCGGUAUUGCUGCCAUGUAUCGUAGUGACAUGUUGUCAGUAGGAGGCUUCGAUCUCAGCAUAGAGGGCUGGGGGAAAGAGGACGUGGACCUCUACACGAAAUUCAUCGAAAGCAAUAUCACAGUGUUUCGCUCUAUAGACCCAGGAAUGACACAUGCAUUCCACCCAAUAGAGUGUGAUGCUAGUCUCGAGACAAACCAGAUGACCAUGUGUAUCAACUCAAAAGCCCAGAGUUAUGGGUCAGUGUGGCUGAUGGCCAAGACAGUGUAUGAAGAGGAUGACAUCAUGCGGCGCCACGAGAAGCAUGCACUGGAUGUGCGAUCCUAAUGAACAUCCAACCUAGGAUCUCACUGGGGACCUCAUUGCAUUUUGCUCUGCAUAUAUUCUACAGGGUCGGAUGGGGGUUGUACAGGGGGACAUUUGACAGGCUUCAAGUACUUCAGUGUUCAUCUACAUUAGACCAUAUGUGCCUGUUGAUAUAUUCAUGGAUGUUUAUAUGUUUGUAAAAGUGUAGAAUUUGUUCAUAUGCUGCUUUGUCCUGUUUUGCUCAAGAAUGUUACAUCGUGUAUCCAUUGCCAUGGAUGGGAGUGGUAGAGCUACCACAACUGGGGAACAAAUGUUAUUUACAGAACAAAAUAUAAGCUGUUUAUUUGUUAUCUUCAUUCAUGUGUGAUAAUGUGCACGAUGUUAUGCUUUGUGAAUGUUGUAGUCCAAGAUGAAUCAAAAGCUUUGUAUGACAGAAACAUUAUGUGCCUCUUGGAAUGAGAUAGACUUAGAAAAGUAGAUGUCCAUUAUGCACCUUUUCUGGUGUAAAUUGCCUCGGGAGUUCCCACAACUUACAUGUGUAAAUAAUUAGUGCAGCUCUAGACCUCUGCACAUGUUUAAUCCAUCCAUCCAACCACUUCAACAUCAGAAUCACUUCACUUCAUACAUACUUCAUUUCGGGAGGUAUUUGAAGCUUUUUUAUUGAGAAAAUUAUGAAGUGCUCGAAUUCCCGUUUUUAAUAUACAAAUGUUAUUAAGUUGCAGUUGAAGCUGUAUUCAAUAUCAGAACUCCAUUGAUAGUAAAGGAUAAAGUUUCAUCAGAACAUGAAUUUGAAACAUGCUUCUCUUUAUGUAACAAGGCAGCAAAGUGGUUGACAUUAUUGAAAUACAGUCACAUUAUUUUUAAAUGUUAGUCUUUUUAAUGUUAUAAUAUUGAUGAUAUCAAUGUGAUAUUCAUGAAAACAAUCCAUUAGGAGCAUUACAAGACACAUGAAAUAACCUACAUAUACAUUUGGCAUGUUUGGAGACAAAGAUCGUUUUAAGUGAUUUCAUGAAGUAAGACUCAGAAUUCAUAGUUACAAGUGAGAGAGAAACAAGCUUUGUCUUCAUUGUAUGAAUAUGGUAUUAACGAUGCAUUUUUUUUGGUACUAAAAGUAUUAGAUAAAGUAUUUUUAUUCCUAUUUAUGACAUAAUUAUAAUUUUAUGAGUUGUGUUUUUAAUGGCAUAGCAGAAGGGGGAUGUACUGUAAAUAGCAGUGCAUUGUGAGAUGCUCUUUGAUGAUGAUGUCCAUACCAUACUGUACAUAUUCGUCUGUGUUGCAUAAGAGCAGGUUGAGUGUUGCUCAGCGUCCCCUGUUGAAACUGGAAGCGCAAGUAACUCGGAACAGAAAGUUGCAACCUGUUACCUGCAAAGAAGAGGAAUUAGUUUUUAGGCGCAAAAGAAAGCUUCUUCUUUUUUUUUUUUCUUUUAUAGUGUGACAAAGAUUUUUUUCUAUCAUUCUUUUAAUUUGAAAAAGUUUGCAUACCCAGAUUCAUAUUUUGUAUUUAGGGUGGGUAUGGGCUUUUAAGGGAAAUAUCUUUUUGACAUCUGUGUGUGUGCAUAUGUCAACAGUGCUUGAAAACUAAACCAAAUUGUCUUUGUGGGCCCAGUAUGUACAGCAAAAGCAUGAAUGUUAUGCGAGUUAAUUCUUGGUUGUGCAUCAAUUCACAUUUGUGUAUCAAUCACUUUAAGCAAUGUUAUUCAUCCUUAGCAUUAAUCAUGUAGGCAACUAUGGCUCAGUCAGAGAGGGGUCUGUUUCUGUUAAGACCUUUUGUUUAUGUUUCUUUUUCUCAUUACAUUAAUAAUCAACUAGCCACUUCAGGUGAGGUCUUAUCACUAAUUCCCAAAUCAUCCUCUCAGUAUAGGCAGAAAAUUGUCUGGGUACCAAUAGUUUCACAAAAACAUGCGUGCAAUGUUAAUCAAUUUGCACAGUACAGUUAAAGAUUUUGUUUGGAAUAUGAGUAAUUUUGUAUUCCUGCUCAAGUAUAAAACUUUUAAGUAGGGUUUGCCACCAUUUUAUCAUAUUUCUACCAAAUUUAUGUGUCAAAAUAACUUUACUUGUCUUGUACUGUGUAGCAGACACUUUCACGUUAUUGAAUUUCUGCCUUCACUUUGUCUUCAUAAUUUAUCUUGGAAAACUUGCAGUGCCAUCCAUUUGAGUCUGGCUUUGGUUGUGAAUUUUAACAGCCUAUCAAGAGAUGUGUGUGAAUUAUUUAAAAAAAAGUUUCUAUGAAAGUGUCUUAAACUAUUGAGUGUUCUAAGUCUUCCUUGUAAACCAAGCAAGGGUUGCUCUGUCUGAGGUUGUAAAUAUGGGGUGGAAAUGAGAAUGUGUCCAAGUAGAAAGCAAGUCCAGCUGAUCCCCUGAUGGCAUUGUUCAGGUGAACUUGACUUCUAGCUGUGGUCAUACCACUAGUACAUACACAACAGUCCACUUUGAUAGGUUCUAUUUCCAGCAAUACAAAUGUAUGGUCCACUGAACACAGAUCUGCACUCACUGGAUCAUGUCAUCCUGUGUCAUGUGCACUGUUUGUUAUAUUUCAUUAUUAGAACUUUGGCAGUCAUAUUUUGAAUUUGGCAAUAACAAUAACACAGCCUUCCAUCAAAUUAUCACGGAUUUGUUUAACAAACAUGUUUUUGUGUGUGGACAUAUUACUUCUGUUUUGCAUUUGGUAUCAGUAGAAGGGAUUGUUAUGUAGCAGAUGUGAAAAAUUCACUUGCACUGCUGAAUUUUUUUCUGAUUUAGAAAGUGUAGAUUAGGUUGUUCUUGCCAGUUUUUACUAGUAUUAAAAAUGAUUGCCACCAGUGUAACUUCUGAUGACAACUGUUUUUCUGUAUUAUCGUAUAUGACCUUAGAUAAGGCGAAUUUUGAGGACCAGAAAAAAGGUUCUGUAGAAAGGGUUCAGCUUAUGUAAAGGUUACAUUUUCAUCCAACUUUUAUUCUGUUGGUAAAAAACUACAUGGUAUCACUUCAGGUGAAGGAUCAAGUCUAAAACAAACUUUGCCAUGAAAAUGUGAAAUUUGCGAUUAAACAUCAGAAGACAAGAUGAUUGUAUUUCUUGUUAUGCUACGUAUUGUUUUAUAUAUAGCCGGAAUAAAGAUUACUGUGUGUAUUGUCUCGUAAACUAAGCUGUACACAUGUUAUUCUCAGUCUACUGGUUUGACCUGAUUAACGUGUAAUUCAAUACAGAUUUGUUGAUAUUCUACUUCCGGUGACGGAUCAUUAGGAGACAUAGUUUUAGGUUGGAGGUCCUGCGUAUGUUCCGCACAUAACAUUUUGAUCCAAGUUAAUACCUUGGCUUAACUGUGAGAUCGGCUUAUCUACGGUCAUAUACGGUAGAUAAUCUGAUGAUGGAUAAUUAUUGGCGUGCUGCAGCCUCCACAUCUGGAGUAAUACCUGCAUCUCCCCGUACCCAGUGUGCACAGUGUGGAGGAGUUGGUCCCCAUACCCUGCUGGCCUGUGUGGAGGAGUUGGUCCCCAUACCCAGUGUGCACAGUGUGGAGGAGUUGGUCUCCAUACCCUGCUGGCCUGUGUGGAGGAGUUGGUCCACGUACCCUGCUGGCCUGUGUGGAGUUGGUCCCCGUACCCUACUGGCCUGUUUGGAGGAGUUGGUCCCCAUACCCUGCUGGCCUGUGUGAAGGAGUUGGUCCCCGUACCAUGCUGGCCUGUGUGGAGGAGUUGGUCCCCGUACCCUGCUGGCCUGUGUGGAGUUGGUCCCCGUACCCUACUGGCCUGUUUGGAGGAGGUGGUCCCCAUACCCUGCUGGCCUGUGUGAAGGAGUUGGUCCCCGUACCAUGCUGGCCUGUGUGGAGGAGUUGGUCCCCAUACCCUGCUGGCCUGUGUGGAGUUGGUCCCCGUACCCUACUGGCCUGUUUGGAGGAGUUGGUCCCCAUACCCUGCUGGCCUGUGUGGAGGAGUUGGUCCCCGUACCAUGCUGGCCUGUGUGGAGGAGUUGGUCCCCGUUCCCUGCUGGCCGGUGUGGAGGAGUUGGUCCCAGUACCCUGCCGGCCUGUGUGCACAGUGUGACAACACUUCUGCUGGCCGGUGUGGAAGAGUUGGUCCCCGUUCCCUGCUGGCCUGUGUGGAGGAGUUGGUCCCAGUACCCUGCCGGCCUGUGUGCACAGUGUGACAACACUUCUGGUGGCAUGGGUGGGGAGGAGUGGGUUCCACAAUAUGUGCAUUACUUGCACAUCCAACAAGCCAGGUAAAGAAGUAUUACAUCUGUAUUGAAAAUUUGCAACAUGUCCACACUUUUAUAAAACUUGCACACAAAAACAGAAAAAGAAAAACUAUCUUCAACUUUUACAAUUUGACAUGGGUAUCGAAUGGUUUAUUACUUUGUCAUAUGUGAGUAUGCAUCUACUUAAACUAGGCUCCAUUGCGAAGAACCUUUCCUUCUAAGCAAUCGUGACAACUAUAAUUAUUCAGAACCCUUUGCUCUGGUGUAGUCUUCUUUCCUGCCCUGAAACCGAUACAUGACUUGAUCAUUAGUGGAGGUGUCAUUUCCAAUCUUUUGUAAUCUCUCUUAUUUUAAUCUAUACCUGAUAUUUAUUGUAGUGAAGCCAUGUUUGUCUGUAAGAUUGUCUGUAAUGGGCGGGCAUUCAUCAGUGAAGUGUUGCACUUGCUCACAUAUUUCAAAGUCUGGUGUUUGAAGCAGGUAGUCACGUGUGGAACAUCUACAUGCUUGUGUAGAAUUCUACCUUUUUUAUGUGUUUGUGUGCAAAGUUGUCAACAAUUUGCUCAUUUGCACAGUUUCGCUAAUAUGCCUGUUUAGAAAUGAUAUUAGUAGUUGGCACCAAGGUUUGUUUGUGGUUUGUGACAGUCACCUUCAGUAUAACAAAUAAAUAUAUCAAGAAUAUUGGUUUUGAGCUUGUUGAGACUAAUGUUUGCGAAAUAAGGGGAAAUAAUGUAGUGAGGUAUUUCUGAGCAGUCUAGUCUUAGAAGUGUUACUUACACAUUAGUGAUACUCAGUAGAUUGAAUGAGCUAUAGUUUUGUGCAUGUCAUUAGAGUAUUUCUAGAUGCAUCAAUAGAAUCCUACAUUUUCCUGCACUGAAUUCCAAGUAGGAAGUUAGAAAUUGUGCCAAAAGUAAGGGAUUUUUUAAUAUAGUGUGUUUUAAUGGUAAUUUGAAUGCCUAUUCAAAUCUUUUCUGGGAAAACUAGGGGCGAUGGGGUAGCGUUGUGGUUAAAUUGUUCAGUUGUCAUGCUUAUGUCCUGGGUUUGUUUCCCCACAUGGGUACAAUGUGUAAAGCCCAUUUCAAGUGUCCCCCUGCUGUGAUAUUGCAGGAAUAUUGCUAAACGCAGCAUAAAAGCAUACUCACUCACCCUUGAACGUUUCAUAGGCAUGACUUGUAAAUGUUAAUGCCAUCAAGAAAGUAAUUCAUUUCAGAACUUUGUGAAUAAAACAGUAUCAUUUCCUUUUCUUCCUAUGUGACAUAUAUAUAGCCAUGUAAGUCUUUGAUUUGUGAAUGUUCACAAUGAGACAUAGAGGGAGAUUAUGGUAAUAUUAUGGUGUGACAAUAGGUUCAUGUAUGCUGUAGUGUUGUAGGAUCACUUGUUGUCAUGGGAUGAUGAUGUAUUGUGGGUUUGUAGCAUCACAUAUAUGGUGGUUCAUCUAACUGGACUCUGCUCAUGAUCGCACUGUUAUAUUCUUGUAUAUGAUUCAUACAUGUUUUGUGAUUUACAUCAUAUGUGCCACACAGAGAAUUUCCGAAGAGAAACAUUGGAGUUUUGACAAUGAAUGUAUUUCUUGUGAAGAAUCAAAAUAAAUAAUUAUUUAUUUA